AUGAAUGAUGUUGUAAUUAGUGGUUUAAAAAACAUCAAGGAAAGACAAGCUAAACAACCACAAACAAUUAGCAACAUUAAUGAAGAAUAUAGGAAAUUUAAAAGAAGAAUAGCAAGAGCAUACUUCAUCAGCAUCAAAUCUUUACCAAAUAUCAACAGUUUAGAAUAUUUUCUUUAA